AUGGCAACUCCACUACGCUCCCUCACGGCCGCAGGUCUACGCUGUGUCCGCACGGGCAAAUCCACCAGCGCAAGUCUACCUAGGCCUAUGCCCAUCACCACCACUAAUAACAUCCCAUCCCGCCCCUUCACAGCAACAGCAGCAAUCGCGUCGUCGCCACCGCCGCAACCCAAGAUUCUCCUUGAGGAUCGAGACUCCGGGUUCGGGUUCGUGCGGCACAACUCGCCGUCGCCGAAGCCGCGUACCCGCUCCGUGACCGAAAUCCGGGGACCGUACUACACCGUCAUGGGCCAGCGAUACCUCUCCGACGUGCUGGAGACGAUGGGCACGCACGUCGACGGGCUCAAGUUCGCCGGCGGCUCUUUCGCCCUGUUCGCGGAACGCCCGUUGCGGCAGCUCCUCGACCUGGCGCACGCGCACGGGGUGUACGUGAGCACGGGCGGAUGGAUCGAGCACGUCCUGGCGUCGAGCGGCGGCGACGUACCAAGCGCCGUCGAUAUGUACCUGGCCAAGUGCAAGGACCUGGGGUUCGACGAGGUCGAGCUGAGCACGGGGUUCCUGUCGCUGCCGCCCGACGACUGGCUGCGGCUGGCGGAGCGCGUGCAGAAGGCGGGCAUGGAACCCAAGCCCGAGCUGGGCAUCCAGUUCGGCGCCGGCGGCGAUACCCCCGCUGCGGAACUGCAGAGUAUCGGCACGAGCGACCCGAGUAAAGUGAUUAAUAUGGCGAAGCGGUUCGUGAAGGAAGCUGGUGUCAAGCGCUGUAUGAUUGAGAGCGAGGGCAUCACGGAGAAUGUGCAGAGUUGGCGCACGGACGUCAUCCAGGCUAUUCUACGAGAGUUACCGCUAGAGAAAGUCAUGUUCGAGGCGGCUGAUCCGGAGGUUUUCAACUGGUACAUUCGGGAAUUUGGCGUUGACGUCAACCUCUUCGUUGACCAUUCUCAGAUCGUCCAGCUGGCUGGACUGAAAGCUGGCAUCUGGGGCAAGAGUGACACUUUUGGCAAGAUUACUACUUACAGACCUCCGGAUAAGGUGCAAAUUAACGGGAUUUGA